CGGCAGGUCCCCACUCAUGCCCUGCUCUGUCACCACCAGCCCCCCACCCAUAAAAACAAACUUGACCCCAGGGCGCUUGCUCUGCCUUGCCUGGGAUGUGGCCCGUGAUUCAUUUCAACUGCCAAAGCCCUGUGUUGACAUUGAAAGGGGUGUUAUCGCGGCGCUGCUACGCCGGGGCGAGGGUGUACCUGUUGGUAUAAGAACAACGCCGCAGCACUACCCACACCGGCAGAGCCCAGCCGAGGCCAGCACUGCCACCGAGACGCCAACAUGAAGCGUCUCCUCCUCCUCGCCGUGCUCUGCUUCUCCCUGGCCAGCAGCUUGAAAAGGGUGACCCUGGUGCGGCAGCGCUCCCUGCGGAAGGUGAUGCGGGACCACGGGCAGUUCUCCCACUUCUGCAAAGCCCACAAGCUCGACAUGAUCGAGUACACCGAGGACUGCAACGUCUUCAAGGAGGCCAAUGAGCCCCUCAUCAGCUACCUGGACCUGGAGUAUUUUGGGCAGAUCUCCAUUGGGACCCCCCCCCAGAACUUCACCGUGGUGUUUGACACGGGCUCCUCCAACCUCUGGGUGCCAUCCAUCUACUGUGUCAGCAAAGCCUGUGCUGCACACAACCAGUUUCAGCCAGUCCAGUCCAGCACGUACCAGGCGGUAGGGACCCCCUUCUCCAUUGAGUACGGCACCGGCAGCUUGACAGGCAUCAUUGGAUCUGACCAAGUAGUCAUUGAGGGUCUCACCGUGAGCAACCAGCAGUUUGCAGAGAGUGUCAGCGAGCCGGGAAAAGCCUUCCUGGAUGUCAGUUUUGAUGGGAUCCUGGGGCUGGCUUACCCCUCGUUGGCUGUAGAUGGGGUCACCCCCGUCUUUGACAACAUGAUGGCACAAAAUCUGGUGGAGCUGCCCAUGUUCUCCUUCUACCUGGGCAAGAACCCCGAAUCCCCCCUGGGAGGAGAGGUGAUCUUUGGUGGCUUUGACCCUUCCCGCUUCAUGGGGACCUUGAACUGGGUGCCGGUCACCCAGCAAGGGUACUGGCAGAUCCAGCUGGACAACAUCCAGCUGAACGGGACAGUGGUUUUCUGCAUGAAUGGCUGCCAGGCCAUCGUGGACACCGGGACGUCACUCAUCACAGGUCCUACCAAGGAUAUAAAAAAAUUGCAGAACUAUAUUGGUGCCACACCUGUGGAUGGAGAGUAUGCCGUGGACUGCAACAACCUCGGCAUGAUGCCUGACGUGACCUUCACCAUCAACGGGGUCCCCUACACCCUCGCCGCCCAGGCUUACACCCUCACGGACAAGUAUGCUGGCACAGCCUUCUGCAGUAGUGGCUUCCAGGGCCUGGACAUCGCCCCUCCUGCCGGACCCUUCUGGAUUUUGGGUGACGUUUUUAUCCGUCAGUUUUACUCCGUCUUUGACCGUGGAAAUAACCGGGUGGGGUUGGCCCCCGCCGUCCCGUAGGGCUGUGGCAUCCCAUGGGGCAGGAGUGGAACAGGAGCCACCGGGCUGCUGCCUUUGGGCAGGGCAGGGUCACCUCACUGCUGCAUCAGUGUCCCUGGAGGUGAUGAAGGCACCCAAAGAGCCCAGGAGAAGUUCGGUCCAUGCCAGGAAGCUAUUUCAUAAUUGAUAUAAAAAUGCCGUGAGCAGCUCUGUAAUCUGCUUUGUAGAGUCUCUUUUAAACACAGGUCAAUAAAAGCUUUAAUAAAACAAAACCUGCCAUGCUCAUGUCGGAAUCAGUGCAGCAGCAGCAGCCCCGCAGAUCUCGGCUGGGUUGCACCAGAGCAAUAACUCCUCCUUCCCCGUCCCCUGCCCUCCUCCCCGGCCAGCUAAAAGCCUCGGUGCACCCACGGCACAGCCCGGUGUCACCGCAGCUUCCCCGCUCUGGAGGGAGCCUUGGUGGUGCAGGAGAUGGGUAGCACUGGAUCCGAAAGGUCAGCCUCUGUGGUCCUUAGCUGGGAUUUCCACAGGGGCAGAAGAGGACACUUUGUCCAGGUAGAGCAGAAAGUCCCCUGCGGCGGCUGUGGGCAUCCCCGAGCUCUCCGCCGAGCCGGAGGGCAGGGCAGGGGCUGGGGAGCAGUGAGUUCACUGGGGAAAUGUGUUGCUUCAGCAGGCUGAGCUGAUGCUGGGUAACGAGGAGGUAACGAGGGGACUGGGGAGACACUGGGGAUCUUUCUGUGCCGCAAAACUCCCGGAACAACCGGUGGUUUCCAGUGAAUUUGGCUUUGAUCCCCGGGCACUUGCAAAGAAUCUAUGGUUGGUGAGUGCUGGAAGCGAGAGAGGGCAAACCAGCUGGCAGGCUGCGGCCAGCGGCCGUGGGCUGGGCUGGCUCAGAGGAUGGGGGUCUGGAGGGCCGUGGGGGGCUGCUGGCCCUGGGGGUCCCUGUGAGUCACUGUAGCGUGUGUGACUUGCUGAUGGUGCAAGGGAUGUGGGAGAAAGCAUGAGCAAUCGUGGCUCAUGCGUGAUGCAUCCCAAGACAGGCAUGGAAGGCUGUGAGAAAGGGAAGCGCAGUGAAGAGUUAUUUUUAUCCGCGCCUUUGCUCAGCUUUCCUCGCUGACGCUGACGUGAGGCCCUGCAGUGGGCUGGCAUCGAGGUGCCGGGGUCCCCGCAGCCGGGGCCAGGCUUUGCUCCUGCUGCGGUUUUCCCAGAUCUGAGCAGACUUCAGGGCUGGGUCUGAGUGCGUUGGAAAAUUCAGUUGUAAACUUGUCGCCUGCAAUGAAAAA